UGUCAUUUGUCAAAAUUUGUAACCUCAUUUAAAUUUACUUAACUAGUCACUAAUCAGUAAUCAGCAAAAUAUAAAAUGAUUUCUGAAAAGUACCUGAGGAAAGUUAUUUUGAAUGCCGACGUCUACGCAAUUUGUGUUCAGCACGCUCUGACAACAGAGAAACAGGAAAUAAUGGGGUUACUUAUAGGAGAAGUCGACGAAGAGAAAUAUAUCUCUCAUAUAUCUGCGUGUGUAAUUUUACAUCGCAUGGAUAAGCAGCCAGAUAGAGUUGAAAUAUCCCCCGAACAACUUUGUACGGCAUCGAUGCACGCCGAACAACUUGCUAAUAAAUUGAAAAGACCCAUGAGGGUACUGGGUUGGUACCAUUCGCAUCCGCACAUAACAGUAUGGCCCAGUCAUGUUGACACAAGAACACAGGCAAUGUAUCAAACGAUGGAUCCAUUGUUCGUGGGCAUGAUUUUCUCUGUAUUUCAAAGUGACCCAAGGCUAAGAAGCAAUCAAGUACAACUUACGUGUUUCCAAGCCUAUCAGGGAACGUCGGAAUUAGAAAGACGAGAAAUUGAAUUUGUUAUAAAAAGUUCUCCGUUGCAAAACUAUAAUUUAGAAGGUAUUUCAAACUUACCCCGCAUACUAGUACAAGAAGAAGUUGAUUCUCAUGACGUAAAGGAUAGCAACACUCAAGACGAAUUAGCCAGUCUACAUAACGAUUCUUUCAAAACACUAGCUUUAGUGCAUAUCGUUUCUAAGGUAGCGCGACCACUGUGUGACGAUUUAGAAGAAAGAUUAAAAGCCGUUAAUGCCAGAAUAAAAGCUUUAGAGUCUUUAAAAAAGAAAUUAAGAGAAAAUUAAACUUGUCCGAUAUAAGUGUAUAUAAAUUGUAUAUCUUUAAAUUGUUCUUUAUAAAUGUAUCUACCUGCUUUUAUUUGAUUAAUAUAUUGAAUACAAAAAAAUACAUCAUAUUUUAUGUGUACAUACUGGAAUACUUAAAAAAUGA